AUGAUUGUGCCUCUAUCGGCCACCGAAUUGACGUUGGUAGCGGUCAUAGGUUUUGUUCUAUAUCAUUUUGUGGCCUGUACCAAUAGACUUUUCUUUAGUCCUCUACCUAAGUUUCUAGGGGAGAAGAUUGCAGCAGCGACACAUUGGUAUGAGUUUUAUCACGAUGUCAUCUACCCGAGUUUCAUUCACGAGAUCUAUGCAGUGAGCAAUCGACGACGAGACCGAUGGGAAUGGUCGACAAGGCCAGGGGGUUUUAAUGGCUCAGUGGUUGGGACGAAUCCGCACAAACUGCACCGCAAGAGACGCGCCGCUUUGAAUCCUUUCUUCUCCAAAGCAAGUAUUAGGAAACUCCAACAUGAGAUUGAUGAUAAGGCGAUUCAGUUGGUGGAAAGGCUUCGAAAUGAAAAGGAGCGGGUCAUUAAAAUCAAUCAUGCUUAUGCCGCCCUCACAAAUGAUAUCAUGGUGAGGUAUGCUUUUGGUCGAGAGGAUAAUCGUUCUGCCCAUAAAGAUUUUGAUCCCUCAUUCCAUGAUAAUUUCAUCGCCGGUGUAUCGUGCCUCAAUCUUCUGCGUCACGUCUCCUGGCUAGAUCGAGCGGCUAGAUCGCUACCAAUGAGUGUACUUAGUCGUGUUUCGACUGUUAUUGCUCAGUUCUGGCAGGAGAAGCAGACCAUCAUAGAAGACGUAAGGCAAAUUCUCAAUGGGACCAAUAAAGCCUACGAAGAACAACCUUACCGGACCAUCUACCACGGAAUUCUGAACAGCAAGUUGCCAGAGGAGGAAAAGUCGCUCCAGCGGCUGGCAGAAGAAGCUCAGAUCAAAGUCGGUGCUGGCACUCUCGCAACUACUUGGGUCAUGUCUGUUGGCAUGUAUCAUCUAUUGGCACCCGGUUCAGUAUCAAUGCUUAAUACUUUGCGGGCGGAACUCAAACCUGCAAUCCCUGAUCCGAAUGUGCCUCUUGAUUGGACCAUGUUGGAGAAGCUUCCUUAUCUUACUGGCGUGGUCAAGGAAAACUUGCGUCUGGGAAGUGGGACGACCACAAGACUGCAACGUAUUGCUCCCGAUGAAACCUUGAUAUACAAAGAUCCCAACACGGGCAAAGUCUGGGAGAUUCCUCCUGGUACCCCGAUCAGUCUUACCUCGCUGCAUAUUCAUCACGAUGAAAAAAUCUUCGCCGACCCGGAGUCCUUCCGACCUGAGGGAUGGAUUGAGAACCCAGAACUUGAACAGUUUCUGUUGACAUUUUCCAAGGGAAGUCGGCAAUAUGUCGGUAUGCACUUGGCAUAUGCGGAGAUGUAUAUUGUAUUGGCACGAAUUUUCCGAUCUUUCGGUCGCAAGGACGAAGAUUCUGGGUGUGAUAAGGUGGGCAACCUGGAAUUGUUUGAAACAGAAGCACGAGAUACAAUCUGUGUAGCUUAUUUGGUGGUACCUACGGUAUGGGAAGGGUCCCAAGGAAUUAGAAUGAAGUUAACUGAUUAG